AAUGUGCUGAUGGACUGCAUUCAAUGCGAGAACGGAUAUUACGUUUCUGAUGGAAAUUGUCUUCAAUGUGGCGAGUGGUGUAGUCUCUGUAAUUCAUUGAACCAAUGUCUUCAAUGUCAACUCCAGUAUUAUUUAUACAAUGGGUCGUGUCUCUCAAAAAGUGAUAUUUUGAACUCCCAUUGUACCUCAGUAGAUCCAAGUGGGUGCACCACAUGUAUUCCGGGAUAUUACAUCUCCAAAGGCAAAUGUGUUUCAUGCGAACAAAUCACUUCAAAUUGCAUUUUGUGUUCUUCGGAGAAGAACACGUGUUUGAAAUGCGCGGAAGAUACCAUCUUAUCUGACAACACGUGUGUUCCAUACUCGACAGUUGCCCACUGUGUGUCGUCAAUUGACAAUUUCUGCAACAAGUGUUCGAGUUGGUAUAAACUGACCAAUGAUCGAAUGGGAUGUGAACGUCGUGUGUUAGGUUGGGCCGUUGGUGUGUGUAUAGUGUGUGGAGUCUUAUUCAUCUGUAUAGUUCUUCUGAUCUUAUUUGUGCUUUACAGGUACUAUGAGAAGCGUCAAAUAAUAAUCCAAUAUAAGAGAGAGAAUGGCGUGUUCUCAUUGAAGCAUUGUGAUAUCUUAUUGACGCCAUAUCCAACGCUUCCUACGAUAUUAAGUAGUACAACACUCAUCGAGUUUCCUGAAGGGAUGGAAUUAUUCAAAGAAUAUACAAAAGGAUUUUACAUUGGGAAUAAAGGGAAGGAAUUGGUCGAGUUAUAUUUUGAGACAGAAGAGAACGACGUGCGCUUCCAAAUUAAUUUCGAGCCGAAGAAUGUCGUUUUAGAGGCCGGGAAGUGUGUCUUCAUCAAAUUGAACUUCCAGCCGAAGUGCUCGUUCUCCACACAAAUUCUCUUCAAGACGGUUGUGUAUGAGAAUAACGUUGUCAAUGCUAAACUCGACUUUAAGAUAUCAACAAACACUGAAGAGACUAUUUUCAUCGACCCAAAAUUAAUCGAAAUUCAAUCAGUAAUGUCAGGAAGAUAUGACGUCACUUCAUGCAAAGCGUUGUACGCAAAUACGCCAGUCGUUGUGAAAGAUUUGGGCGGUUUUGUUCUUGAAGGACAAGACCAAAAAGAACUCGACGACCCGAUCACGGUGUUGGACAAUUUCCCUAAUUCGCCGUUCCUCACCAAAUUGAUUGGAAAGGUGUUGGUUGGCAAUCGAAAGUGGGUUGUCACCGAGUUUGCGCCGCUCGGGACGAUGCAAGACUUCAUUAACAAGAAGUCGGAAAUGUCGCAGAAUUUGCGAUUGAGAGUGAACCUUGAUAUUGCAAAGGGACUUGCUCUCUUGCACUCAAAAGGAUUUUUGCACUUGAACAUUAAGCCAGGAAAUGUCAUGGUGAUGUCCACUGAUUUGAAUGAAAUGGUUGUUGCCAAAUUGACUGAUAUUGGGUAUCACAGAAAUUACAAGCAGUUCUACAAUCAAAAGGUUGUCAUCACUAAGAACCCAACAUACGUCGCACCUGAAAUCAUCUGCGGACAAAACUACUCGACAAAGUCAGACGUUUUUGCGUUCGGACUGACUAUGUUCGCAAUCUCGACGUUACAGAACCCAUACAACUCCUCUGAGUUCGAGUACCCAUGGAAAAUCGCGAUGUUUGUCUGUAAUGGGUCGCGAUUGAAUCAACCCAACGAGAUGCCAAAACAGUUGUUCGACACUAUAUGCAACUGUUGGGAACAUUGCGCAGCUGAUAGGGUGUGUAUAGAUGAGGUCGUGCUUGACUUGAAGAAGUUACAGGGGUAA